AUGAAAUUAACAAUCUUUGUGUCUUCUUUUUUGAUUCUUUUAAAUUUCUCCGUUUUGCUGGAAGUCAGUGGUGGGAAGGGAAAGGAAAAAGUAGAGUCGACGAGCGAGACUGGACAAAAUACUUCUAGUAAACCUAAAAGAGGUAUAGCGAAUCAUCAAAUGAUCAAUUUGAAGAACAUGGUGGUUUAUAUUUCUGUAAAACUUGUCAAGGUCAUGGCAUUAUAAAAUCG